AUGGCGGCACCAUUAGAAAUCUUGGGAAUGAUAUUCGGCCAUUUCGUCAAGCCGUUUGGGCAACGAUCAGAAGCAACAAUUCAAGAGGAAGUUCUUAAUCGCAGAACCUUGGCAUCACUUUGCCGUGUCUCCAAGUCAUACAACUCUGUUGCGACCGGCCUUUUAUACAACCAAAUACGGCUAUUCGACGGAGACAUUCGUUUUCUCACUCGCACAAUCCUACAGGACCGGUCCAAAACAAAGGGCAAGCUAGUGAAACGACUGAGCCUUGAGUUUGAACUAGCCGGUCGUUGGGAACCAGAGACUCUUGAUCCGGAAAGGGCCGUCCGCGUGCCCGCAGCCCGAGAAGAACAAUGGGAUUACGCACGUUGCAGGGAUGAGGCACUUUCUGUUUUCGGACUAGAAAAUGCGGUGACAUCUGCGGCCGAUGGUUGGGAGUGCGAUGCCUCUGAGUUGGAGAAGCUUGAUCUCAACGACAAGUUCGAAGAAGACCUGGCAGCAAUCUUGCUAUUUCUCUUGCCAGAUCUUCGGUCUUUGCGAGUCAAAUUUGAUCCCAUGACUAAUCCUUUCGACCCAGAGGCUGCUGGCUACUGGAGAUGCGCUAUGUUAAUGCAGACUCUGAGGCUACCUUAUUGGUAUUACUAUAUGAAUUCUGGACAGCAUCCUGGCAGCCAUGGGGCUGAGGAACAUGUCAAAGAUCUCAUCCCGGCAUCACUUUUGAGCCUUGAGCAACUCAUCAUGUGCAAUCCAUUUGAAGAGCCCGGUACCAUCAAAUCCACAUACCCGCCUUUGAUGUGGUGCUAUCUCGAAGAGCUUCACCCGUUGUGGGCGCUCCCAAAACUGAAAUCUUUGACACUCGAACGUACCUCAUGGGGUUACGAUCGUACGUCAUUCGAUCGACCGAUACCCUCACUAGAACAUUUCACAAAGUCUACUUCAUUGGAACAUCUCGAGAUCCUCGACACGUCAAUCGCACCGGCAGUACUGCCACAGCUUCUAGAAUGCUUCUCUUCGCUUCGUUCUAUUAGCUAUGAGCUAGCAGAUGCCUACAGCCUAUUGAAUGACGAAUAUACCGACAGAGCCAUGACAGUUGGUAUGCUCGAUUCGCGCGGGAUACGGGAAACUAUCAGACGUUGCAAACCCGACUUAGUGAGCAUACAUAUCAAAGCAGUUAAAAAGGAAGAUAUUGACGAAGAAGAGCUGGCCACGCUGGACGGCCUACACGAAGAGCAAGAAACGAAUGAUGAAUAG